GCAUCUCGGCAUCUCGGCGCGGCCAUACCCACAUACUAAUCAAAUAGUCCAUCAAAUAUGGCAGACUUUGGCUUUUCUUCCUCUCCUUCUUCCAGUUCAGGAGGUGGAAUGGAUAGCGCUAAAAGAAGUGAAUUGAUGGACCAAGUUAAAAGCCAGCUUUUAGUCGCACAGUUGCAGGAGUUACUGUCGGUAAGUUAUCGAGGGAGGGCAGUUUACAUGUUUACUACACGUGCACAAAUAAGCUUUAAAUGUGUGCCCAAUCGUGACAAUAAUAUUCAUUCAACUUAAUUAAGUUUAUUUCUGGCUGCAUUAUGUACGGCUGGCACUACAUACAAUCCAUCGGAAAAUACAAGGCUUAAUGCAACAACGAUACGCGCCAUCUUUACACGCGCAAGCAAUGUCACAUGGUACUUAACUGAGAAAUAGAGUUUUUAUAGUAGUUGCAGUUUUUCCAAGUGUUAUGUAGUUAUUGCUUCCUGUUCGUGUCAUCCUGUGAGGGCAUUUACAAUUUUGCCUUCCUAUGAUCAUUUUGCAUGAGGGGACUGGGGCGAGUUUCAAGACCAAAACCUUUUAGCCAAGUAGAAUUAUCAAGGUCGCUAUCAAAGGGACACAGGCAGCUAUGGAACCGUGCUGACCUGGACACCACUUUUGCCAGUUUGGAAAGCGUUUACCUCAACCCAAAAUCAAAUGGGCAAUUCCACAUGAGACGAUGAAAUUUUGAAUUUUUUGAAAAUAAAAUUUUGCACAAUGAAACUUAACGAACAGAAAGCUGAAACAAUGCGCUGUUUGAAAUUACUGAGAUCUUGUGCGUCUUGUCCAUGUGCUUAAUGUGAGAAGGCAUGAAAUCCAGAGAAUAUGAAUCUCAUUAUAUUUGGAAUUUUUGGAUGGAAAUUUUAAACAAAGUUUUAACAUCUAAGAAAACAUACAGUUAACAUAAAAGUAUGUGUGUAUUAUAACCUUUGCCUUACACUAUCAUUAGGCUAUAAAUUAUUAUCCAGCUACUGGCACUUUCCUAAGAAAAUUGACAUUGAAUUUUUGUUGCGGACAUUACGUAAUGUCCGCAAUGUUAAGGUACCUUUUUUCAGUUCCUGUACACAGUGUGCUGUAUUUUCAUGUGCUAUUGAUGCUGCUCAGUUAGUCUGAUGUAUUGUAUAUUUUAAUCUCAAAACAUUUCCUGGGUGGGUUUUCUUUGCUCAGAAAUUAUAAGUUGAAAAGUGUUGCAGACAUUACGUUGCGGACAUUACACAUAUUAGAUUUUUCAUUAAUUAUUCAGGCUGUUGCGGAUAUUUAGUUCUUACUAUCUCUGAAUUAGAUUCAGACAACAGCCCACCUAACACUAAAUUGCUUUUUAUUGAUGUACAAAUGUAAAUGGCAAAUUAAAAAGAGCUGGUAGCUUUUCCGUAAUGUCCAAUGAAUUUAAUUUACAAAGUAUUAAAAACAUUCUAAAUAAUUUACGAUUUCUGUGAUAUUCUUGAAAAUGGGCAAACAUAGUGAUUUUCGAAUUAGUUCCUUCCAUAAAGUAGUAUAGAUGCAUGACGAAUUUUGCAGGACUUUAACUGAAAAACGGAAAAAUAUUUUAAAGAGUUUAUAUGUUUUUGGGGGAUGCUCUCACAAAAUUACAGUGACAUUUGUAUGGAUCUUUAACUGUGUUUCAAGAGUCAUAACUUAAUCCCUGUUCACCUUUAGAGCACCAAACCUGCUCAACCAACCAAUCUCAACAUGACCUUUCAUGACGAGCUUUGAAGCGCGAAAAAAUUUUAUGCAAAUUAGGUGGCUGCACAGUCAAUGUGCAGCCAGCUAAUUUGCAUAAGUAAUUCAAAACCAAGGUCUGACAGCUCUAGGCUCUUGAGGUGUUAGCUGAAUACCCUAGGACUUCCGUAAAUUGCCCACAAAAGAGUAACUCAAGCUACCAUAAACUGAAAUGAAAGUAACCGCAAUAUCCGAUUAAAGCGAGGUUUAAAUCUUUUUCUGCUCGGCUAACCCUCUUCCGAGACACUUACUAUUUUGGUAAUAAUAAAACGCCAUAAACAUUUUACAUUGCGCCUUUUUCAGUCUCGGCAGUAAGUUAUUGUAUGAAAUGGAGGUAAACUCAAGAAUUCAGUUUUGUGACUGCCCUGCAACUUUGAAACUAUUUAAGCCGCUUCCUAAAAGGCUGGGAAAAUGUUUUUCGUACACACUACCCAGGAUACUACAGGAAUGAUUCGAGCAUUUUUGCAAGUUAACUGUAGAUUUCAGGUAUACGCUACCCAGGAUACUACAGGAAUGAUUCGAGCAUUUUUGCAAGUUAACUGUAGAUUUCAGGUAUACGCUACCCAGGAUACUACAUCAUCGAUUAGAGCAUUUUUACGAGUUAACUGUAGAUUUCAGGUAUACACUACCCAGGAUACUACAGGAAUGAUUAGAGCAUUUUUGCAAGUUAACUGUAGAUUUCAGGUAUACGCUACCCAGGAUACUACAUCAUCGAUUAGAGCAUUUUUACGAGUUAACUGUAGAUUUCAGGUAUACACUACCCAGGAUACUACAGGAAUGAUUAGAGCAUUUUUGCAAGUUAACUGUAGAUUUCAGGUAUCGCUACCCAGGAUACUACAUCAUCGAUUAGAGCAUUUUUUACGAGUUAACUGUAGAUUUCAGGUAUACACUACCCAGGAUACUACAGGAAUGAUUAGAGCAUUUUUGCAAGUUAACUGUAGAUUUCAGGUAUCGCUACCCAGGAUACUACAUCAUCGAUUAGAGCAUUUUUACGAGUUAACUGUAGAUUUCAGGUAUACACUACCCAGAAUACUACAGGAAUGAUUAGAGCAUUUUUGCAAGUUAACUGUAGAUUUCAGGUAUACGCUACCCAGGAUACUACAUCAUCGAUUAGAGCAUUUUUACGAGUUAACUGUAGAUUUCAGGUAUACACUACCCAGGAUACUACAGGAAUGAUUAGAGCAUUUUUGCAAGUUAACUGUAGAUUUCAGGUAUCGCUACCCAGGAUACUACAUCAUCGAUUAGAGCAUUUUUACGAGUUAACUGUAGAUUUCAGGUAUACACUACCCAGGAUACUACAGGAAUGAUUAGAGCAUUUUUUGCAAGUUAACUGUAGAUUUCAGGUAUACGCUACCCAGGAUACUACAUCAUCGAUUAGAGCAUUUUACGAGUUAACUGUAGAUUUCAGGUAUACACUACCCAGGAUACUACAGGAAUGAUUAGAGCAUUUUUGCAAGUUAACUGUAGAUUUCAGGUAUACGCUACCCAGGGAUACUACAUCAUCGAUUAGAGCAUUUUUACGAGUUAACUGUAGAUUUCAGGUAUACACUACCCAGGAUACUACAGGAAUGAUUAGAGCAUUUUUGCAAGUUAACUGUAGAUUUCGGUAUCGCUACCCAGGAUACUACAUCAUCGAUUAAAGCAUUUUUACGAGUUAACUGUAGAUUUCAGGUAUACACUACCCAGGAUACUACAGGAAUGAUUAGAGCAUUUUUGCAAGUUAACUGUAGAUUUCAGGUAUACGCUACCCAGGAUACUACAUCAUCGAUUAGAGCAUUUUUACGAGUUAACUGUAGAUUUCAGGUAUACACUACCCAGGAUACUACAGGAAUGAUUAGAGCAUUUUUGCAAGUUAACUGUAGAUUUCAGGUAUACGCUACCCAGGAUACUACAUCAUCGAUUAAAGCAUUUUUUACGAGUUAACUGUAGAUUUCAGGUAUACACUACCCAGGAUACUACAGGAAUGAUUAGAGCAUUUUUGCAAGUUAACUGUAGAUUUCAGGUAUACGCUACCCAGGAUACUACAUCAUCGAUUAGAGCAUUUUUACGAGUUAACUGUAGAUUUCAGGUAUACACUACCCAGGAUACUACAGGAAUGAUUAGAGCAUUUUUGCAAGUUAACUGUAGAUUUCAGGUAUACGCUACCCAGGAUACUACAUCAUCGAUUAGAGCAUUUUUACGAGUUAACUGUAGAUUUCAGGUAUACACUACCCAGGAUACUACAGGAAUGAUUAGAGCAUUUUUGCAAGUUAACUGUAGAUUUCAGGUAUACGCUACCCAGGAUACUACAUCAUCGAUUAAAGCAUUUUUACGAGUUAACUGUAGAUUUCAGGUAUACACUACCCAGGAUACUACAGGAAUGAUUAGAGCAUUUUUGCAAGUUAACUGUAGAUUUCAGGUAUACGCUACCCAGGAUACUACAGCAUUGAUUAGAGCAUUUUUUGAGUUAACUGUAGAUUUCAGGUAUACACUACCCAGGAUAUCUGCAACGCAGAUAACAAAAGCUCAGGAAACAAGGGGACCCUGCAUGACCCAGCGAGGCUGCUUGUCUGCGAAAUUUUUUUUAGAGCUGACUCUUUCGAGUGUUGAACUAGAACAGAAUAAUCCAGAAUUAUAAUUUUAAACAUCAAUUGCUACUGAUAUAAUUAUUAAGUUUUCUUACCUGUCUGGAGUCUCUUCCACUGAUGUCAAUGAUCUGGGCGCCAAACAAACGCGCGCGGUACAUAUUUCCCGCCACAAAUAAUUAAAAGCACUUUCAUGAGACGGUGAUCAAAAUGCAAAAGCAAAAUAGGAAAGCCGGCGCCAAAUUGCUAGAGGCUAUCGAUCGUUUGUUGGGCGGCGUGUGAUAGAGUGAAACUGACAAAAUAUCGAGAAUUCUGGACAGAAUCUUUUUGUAAUACAUUAUCAAAAAUUAUGUGAAAUACAUCAUCAGAGAACACGUGCGAAAAAAAUAAUUUCGGCUCGAUAUUUUUUCUCGGUAUUUUUCAUCGCCAAAAAACCGAAACAUUAAAAAUCACGACUUACCAUCAAUUACUCGGCUAAACAAAGCUAAACUUACCAAAGUCGAUAACCAAGUAAGGAUUUCCUACAGAAAUAAUUUGCCACUCUCGUUUAGCAGUGUAGUGGUCGAACUUGACGUAGGUUAAAACGGAUUCGUUUUGCCGGCGUCUUCCCGUUAAAUUAAAGUAGAUUUAACACUUGCCAGGAGUAAUUAGAAAUCUAGCCAUUUUGCUCAUAGCUUCGCAAAUGCAACCAGCGUUAUGCAGUAAAGCGACAGAAACUUUAGCGAAAUAUUCACACGCGACAGUCGCGACAACCUCAGUAAAUCUAACAAAUGAAACAAGAUGCUGAGAGAAAAAAAGGGCUUCAUUGAUUGUUUCCGGCAGGCGGUGACAAGUAAUGUACGAGAUUAGAAGACCUCCUGGUCAGAAUUUUUUUUGUAGCCUAAGCCCGUCAUGUAUGGUGGUGUCAGUUUAUCAAUUAGUUUAAAUUUGAAACUUGCCCCAGUUCCCUAUGCAACUCCAAAAUGGCCAAUAAGUUGCUGGUCAGGGGUUUUGUACUGCUGAGCAUGCUCAGAACAGUUUGUAAGCAUGCUCUUUGAGGAAAAGCACUGACCAUCAUUGUUUCUUCUGCAAACUUGAAUGGGUACUAUUUUUUUAACUAGAAUUUGUAAUAUAAUGUGUAGUGAACAAUGUGCAAUUUUAGUGCAAAUUUACAUUUUAUCUGUCUUUAAGUCAGACUGAAUGACAAAAUAUGAUAAUUUCAGUAGCUAAAUCAGUUUUGUAAAAAACAAAAUAAUAUCCUCACUACUGAGAACAUUUUGUUUUUCUCAUAACUUUUACUUGACAUGUAAUAAAAUUAAUUUGGAAAUUAUUUUAAGGAGUCAGUAUAGCAGAAAAAAAUGUGACUGGUAUUGCAUGAUACUAGGUCUCAGCAGGAGAUUAUAUAAUAUUAUAAUAGAACAUAAAUAAAGUAAAUUAUAAUUUUACAGCUUCAUUUUUCGACAAGUAACUACGUACAGGACAAAUGGACAUAGCCACAGUCAGCAACACUGAGUAGGAAGUGAAUGAUAAAAAAUGUGUUGCCAAAAAUGUAAUGUCCACAACAAUUUUGUGUAAUGUCCGCAACACAAACUUUUGUUUGUAGAAUCACUGGAACAAGGUUGCAUGGAAUUUGUCCUUGACAGUUGAAAAAUCUAAUUAUUGUUAUGUUUUGAAGGCACAAUUAUUUUCUGCUCAAGGUUAAAAAUUCACAGGAAAAUCUCUUUAAAGAAAGUUACUUUAAAAAGUGGUUGUUUAAACUGUAAUGUCCGCAACACACUUUAUUCAGCUCAUACCGUCAAGGUCUUAAGAGCUAACCAAAGCAUCUUUUUAUUAGGUACAAAGGGAACACUAAAAAUACUUUCUAGUUAUGUUUGAACACCCUUAAUGAACUCUUUGACAUCUAAAUUGGGGUUUAAAUAUUAAUCUGAAUGUAAUGUCCGCAACAUGGAAUCACCCAAAUGUACGUGUCGGAUACAUCUAGAAAACUGCUUCAAUCUUGCCUAGUGUUUCAUUCGAUCCUCAAUCUGUUAUAGAAAACCUCUUUUUGAGCAAACUUUAACUCAUCCUAUGACAUUAUUUUAUCAUACUUGGUCAAAAACAGUAUCCAAAGGAACAUUAACAAAAGAGGUGAGAAACCCGUAGGCACUGGGUGAGAGAAAUCGCCAUUGUUUACCAAAAUAACAGAAGAAAUGAAUCAAUAACAUUGGCAAGCAGAUAAUCGUUAUAUAUAUUUGGAAAAUAGAUGGAAAAGGUUGCAUAUGCUUGGAAAAUCAAACAUUCUCAACCUUGAACCUUCGACAAUGAUUCAUGCAGACUCCGUAUCAUUUCUCACCUCUACUGAUGAUGGAAUUCAGAAGCAUUCGUUGAUGUUUUGCUUUCCCUGGACAAAUCCAUCAGUGAAUUCUCAAUGGUAUAUUAAAAAAUAAGUGCUCUGACAUGGCUUAGGGUCUAUAAUCACGAUUUCUGCUUGUAACUAGUUCAACUCUACAAGGUUUGUUUUGAGUAUUAUCUGAACAAUUUUGGCGUAAAAUACACCAAAUUCGGCAUAUUUGCAAACCCUGAUGCAUGCACUGCUCUAAGUUAAUUUGCUGGCUAAGAGUGAGAUUUUUUGAAAGCAUAGCCGUCAAUAAUAUUGUAACGCUAUACAGUUGGCAUCAUUCUUCCUAAGGAGGGGGAGCGGAGAGGGGGAGACCAGGCUCCCAUAUGAAAUACAACUGGUUCAAAAGGUGACUUUUUGUUGGCCCGUUUGAUAGUGAAAAUGACCAAAGCAUGGUCCAUGAUGUUGUGGAAAAUUUUUACUGUUUAUUUUUACUGUAAAGAGUUAGACUAGUGUAUACUUGGAGUUGGUACUUCUUGUGUUUUGAAGCAAGUACAUUCAUGUACAUAUCUGGUAUCAACAGCCAUUUUUAACUUUCUUUUUAUAUCCUUUUAUCUCUUAACCAGAAAAUGUCAGAUAAAUGCUUUAAAAAGUGCAUUUACAAGCCAGGGACACAGUUGGACAAUUCAGAGCAGGUGAGAAUGAAAUCCUUUCUGAAAUAACUAGAAGCAGGUUUGUUACCAGGUAAAUCCGCUGUCAAAAAGUUUUACUUUUGAGUGAAGUUAAUAUCUUUGUUGAACAAAAAAUAUCAUGCACUUUAUUACAGUCAGCUCUCUAUUAAUGGACACCUCUCUAUGAUGUUAUGUGGUUUUUGAAAACUUUUUAGGCUGAUAGUUGUUCAAAGUUCAUUUUCGUUGAUUGAAACAUUAUUUAAUUAUUCAAUGCCUGGGAGACAUAUUUUUUUUACACGUAGCUCUGAUAUUGUCGUUUACAAGUGAUUUCUCAAGUUCCGUGCAAAUAAGAACAUGCAACUGGUAUUAUCAACAAAAUGAACUAGACAACCAUAACACAGUCCCUUAGGCAUAUGACCAGAAUAUUAAAAUUAUUUCAAAACAAGCAAUAGUGGUGCUGAUCAUAAUAAUGUUUGCAUUUACUGGUGUUUAAUUAGGCUUGAGAACAUCGUAUUAAAUUGAAUUCAUUUCAAUAUAUUUUGAUGUGGCUUAAUUCUGGGGGAGGGGGCUUAUAAUCAGAUGUAUUUUGGGUUUACAGGGAGAUGAGCUGGCCCAUAACUGGGGGGACAGGGCUUAUAAGGAGCAGUUUAUGGUGUACAUAUACAUGUAUCAUGUUUGCUCCUUUUGUCAUCUCUUUCCUUUUUUUUUCUUUCAAAUAUAUAAAAUCAGAAAGCAGAGUGAAAUAUUAAGACUGAAUCCAUCAGGAAAUUGAGUAAUUUUAGUUUUUCAUUGGACAAAAUCUUGUACCAGAAUGAAUUACCGAGUAAGCCAUUCACAUUCGUUUUUACUUUUUUUCACAGGCUAUAGAUAUAAUUAGUUAUCUGUAAGAACACCAAAGACAAUUUCUUAUUGGAGCCGGAGCAAAUUGAUUUCAAACUUCACAGAAAUUGUGCAAACACAAGUGCAAUUUCAUGCAUAAGGAUUCAUUUUGUGAAAUUUGAACCUUUUGAAAUUUAUAAUUUUUCUCGGGCUCAAAUAACAAAUUUUCUAUAGUGUUAUUAAAAAUAACUAAUUACAUCUAUAGUCUGGUACAAGAUUUUUGUCUACUGAAAAUAAAAAUUACUCAAUCACCUAAUGGAUUCCGCUAUAAGCUCUAUGGUCAUGCGCCUGGCUACUUGAUCGAUUUGAUUGCUAUUAAAGAACAGCUGCGCUAUAAUCUCCGUUCAGUUAGCGGUCACAUCUUAAAGUAUCCUUACCAGUUUAAAAGUGAAAAAGACUUCAGGGGAUCGUGCUUUUUCAUCUGCUGCACCUAAUUUAUGGAAAAAUCAGCCCCUUCACAUCCGUCUUGAGGACAAUUUUGAACGUUUUAAAUUUUGAUAUGUAAUCGCAUCUUUUGAUAUAGUUUUUGAUAUGUAAUGUUUUUAACCUACUAUGUGAUAUAUUUAGGGUUUUUAUCUUUAUUUAAUUUUAAGCGUUGUUUUCUCUUAGCCUUAAUUAUUAUUCUUAUUUUAGCUUUUAUUUUCUUUUAACAUUUAUGUCUUGUCACGCCCUUUUGAUCAUAUUUGCAUGGAAAAGGCGCGUUGUAAAUUUUUAAUUAUUAUUAUUAUUGUUGUCUGUGUCUUUCAGAAAUGCUUAUCAAUGUGCAUGGAUAGGUAUAUGGAUGCUUGGAAUACAGUUUCAAAGACAUACACAACCAGACUACAGAAAGAGCAUAGUCAAGGCGGAAGUUUUUAAACAAAUAUAACACACCCAAUAUAGCUGGUUUUUUUAUUAUUUCGAGUCAGCCUGUUUGCUACAAAGUGUCACGAAAUUCAAGACAUUACCAUCCUCGUCACUCUUUCCACAUUAUACCUUUCAUUUCCUUUGAACGGCCUUUAUCACACAACUUCAAGUCAAUGCAUAGUUGCCACACCAGUAGAUUGUGGUGUCAAGUGGUUUGAUUUAUUAACAAGAAUGUGACUGGAACUCCUGUGGUGCAAACCACAGAAAAAUCUGACCCCAGACCAUAAAAUAAUGGGUUAAUGUAGCUUGCGAAUACAGCCGUUUCUCUUAGCUCUUCGCCGCCAGGGACUAAUAGGGCUAAUGGCAAAUUGUAUUUAUUUGCAUCUGUUUUUUUUAAUAAUGUGAAAAGAAUGUAAUAAACAUGAC